UUUAUAGAUUUUUAGUCGAAAUUCUGUUUUUCACGUUUAAAGUUCGUACGUGCGCUGAACGGACGGACUGCUACGACCGGAGUGUUGUGUUGUGAGUGCGAAAGCGUAAAAUCGGCCAGGCGGAUAUACACCUAUGCACUUCCCCCGAAACGGAAAAAUCUAAAUGAAAAUAGCCUAUUUUUUAAAUCGUUUUCGAGUGAUGAUCUUUGUGCUUUAUCAAAAUUAGACUGAGUUCAAAACCAAGUAUACAUGUGAAACAAAAUUAGCUGAGUAAAUAGCGAAACUUUUGGAUAACCCCACGUUUCCGGAACCAUCUAACGUACGUGCCUCAUCAUAAAACGCGCCCUCAACGAGGCAUUCGAGCGAAACCACAAACCAAAAACGGCCAAGCCAAAGAAAUAUAAAAGUAUAUCUUAACACAAAAGGAAACCAAUAAAUAAAUACAUAACAAAAACCCAUGCGUGAAUCAACAAAAAAUAUAACCAAGCAAAAAAAAGAAAGUAAUGUGUAAAUUCUUUUUUACACACAUAUCGUGUACAUAUAAAUAUUAAAUCCAGCUGAGGCAAUUAUAAUACUUAAUGAAUUUAUUGCACAAUUAAAGCGAAGCCAAGUUAUAACAACAACAAAUUAAUAUGCCGAUGGCGUGAAAGUCACAACUCGACGCAUGAGAAAUCCCCCCUGCGCCACAGCACUGAAUUAUUAAUGAAAUCGAAUUACAAACAAAGCCCAGCCAGCAGCAAUAACGAUUCGGAAUAAAAAAGAAAUAAAUAAUAAAUAAUCAUAAAUAAGUACACACAUCAACAAGAGCCGCGAAACGUGGACGGCUUAAUCAGCGAAAAGUCAGGCAGCUGGAAAAUAUUGCAGGCAAGGCGCAGGCGCCGCUUUUCACACGAGUUGGCAGCACACGCCACAUAAAUUGGCAUUUACCGUUAAGCGCGCUGCCGUACUUUGCGGUCGGGACAAGCAACAAGCAACAACAACAACAACCACUCAACACCUCCACCGAACCACCAAAGAAAAGCCGUCAAAGUGGAUUUAACAAAUUAUAAUAAAAUGCUGCAAUCCACCAAUCAUCAUUAUUUAAGGCCGGAUUAUAUGACAGCUGCAGCUGCCCCAACAGCGCAGCUGGACAACAAAAGCAGUCCGUUGGCGCUAUUGGCCCAAACAUGCAGCGCCAUCGGAGCGGAUACCACAAACCCCAAGCUGCUGGCGGCGAACAUUGAGAAGUCGACAAAGCAACUGCAGCACCAGCAGCCCAAGGGAUCGAAUGCUGGUGGAGGAUCGGGUUCGGGAUUCGGCCUGGGCCAGCAGCAGACAUCAAUGGAUGGCAGUGCACGCGAUAAAUCCUCGCCGGUUAGCAGUCAUUCAUCCAGCGUUAGCACCGGUUCCGUGGAGCAGCAACAACUGCCCCUGGCCCAUGGUCUCAGCCACAAGCCCACACCGACCACCUUUAAGCCCUACGAGCCGAAUAACAACAUCAGCAAUAUGGCCACGUCGGCCGUCGAUUGCGGUGCCACAAAUCUCAGUAGCAGCAGCAGCAACACCAACACCAGUGGCCAGCAGCAGCAGCGGGUUAAGACCCCCAAAUCGACGUCGAAUGGCGGCCAGCAGCGUUGCGAUUCGAACCAAAGUGCCAGCUCGCAGCAUCGAGAAUCGCCCACAGCAGCAGCAGCUGGUUCCUCCUCGCUGAGAAGGACCCCCACCUCGGGGCUGGGGGGCCAGCUCAACGGAAGUCCCGGCCUGCCGCCCAACGCCUCCUCCUCCUCGACGUCCAGUGGUCGCAGCAAUUCCAAAGAGUCGGCCGCCAUGCACAGUCCAAGUGCAGCGGCAGCGGCGGCGGCGCAGGCUGCUGCCCAAAUCGCCAGCUCAAAUCGCCUGCAGGAGGCCGCUCUGGCCGCCGCCAAGGAGGCUAGCUAUGUGAAGGCCCUGCACGCGGCCAGCCAGCAAGGAUCCGCCUCGGCCGCAGCAGCUGCAGCAUCCUAUUAUCCGCCCGGUUACGGUAGCCCCUAUUCCAUGGACUUGAUGACCGCCAGUUCGCUGAUGUCGCCGCACCACGCCAUGUUCAAGGCGUCGGCGAUGAAUCCGUAUCUGAACUACGCCCGCAUGAAGGGCCUGACGGAGCAGUCGAUGAUGGCGGCCACGCCGAAUGUGUGUCGGGAUCCCUACUGCACGGGAUGUCCGGCCAGUCCGCAUUACAUCAACAAGGCGGCCGGUCAGCCGUGUCCGGCGGGAUGUCCGCAGUGCGAGGGCGGUGGUGGUGGAGGAGGAGGAGGUGGUGCAUCAAAAUCCAGUAACUCCCAGGGAGGAUCGGGAUCGAGUGCCCAGGCAGCGGCGGCGGCGGCAGCUGCCUCCUCGUACCACGCCCAAUUGGCCGCCCUGGCCGCCGCCUCCCAGAUGCCCUACGUCUGCUCGUGGAUCGGCAGUGAUGCCGCGUACUGUGGCAAGCGGUUCGGCACCUCCGACGAUCUGUUCCAACAUCUGCGCACCCACACGGCCUCCGUUCCGGAUGCGGUACUCAGUGCAGCGGCCGCCGGCGGAAUACCGCCCAAUCAUCCGCUGUUCCAGCGCACCUAUCCCACCCCGCCGCUGAGUCCGCUGUCGGCGGCCCGCUACCAUCCGUACGGAAAGCCCUCGAUGCUGCCGCCCUCACUGGCGCCGCCGGGGAUGAGCGGAAUGCCAGGGUUGCCACCUCAUCCGGCACUGGCCCAAUACUUUGCCCCUUACUCGUUAUACGGCCCCCGGAUGGGAUCCUCGCAUCCGUAGUAGGCGGCCGAUGAUCUUGAUCCUGCUGCGAGUAGAAGUUCGGCCUUCAGUCAAACCCAAACCCAUCAUCAUCAUUUCUCUUGAGUCGUCGUCGUAUCUCUAUGUGUUUUUUGGUGUAUAUGACUCACUCGUGAAACGAAAAGCUAGUGAUCUAAUGUACUGUAGUUACAUACAAAUGUGUUUACAAUUUAGCUUAAGAAGUCUAGCGUCUAGAUAUCUAAUAUAUCUGAAAUAUAAAAUAUAUAUACAUUUAGUGCAGCACAUCAAAUAUCGCUCGUCCUUGUGUGUCUGUGUGUUUCGUGGUUGCUACUAAACGCAUAUGGUAAUUUUAAUAUUAUUUAUUAUAUUCAAGCGAAACGAUUAAAGAUUAAUGAUUAACGAAAUGAAAUGAAAAGAUUGUCCAAAAACUUAAAGUUGUAAAAUUCUUGUAAAAUAUAUAUAUACAUAUAUGAGUAACUGCUUAUAAUUAAUUCUAUAAAUAUACCUAUACAUAAAUGUGUAAUUAUGAACAAUAUUUUAAUGUUCAAUUAAGUCACUACAAAGAAAUCAAUAAAUCAAAGAAAAUUAAA